AUGGAAAAUUUAACACCUGAUGAUUCAUUAAUUAUUACUGUUACACCCCCAGAUACUCAAUAUUUAUUUUCUGGUCAAUAUCGACCACCUCAAUGUCAUGUAUUUAAUAAAGUUUAUACUGGUCUUGCAUUCAAGGAUAUACAUUUACGAUUUUCUACCCUGGAUUUAUUGAUUGAUAAAACAACAACAUCAGCUUAUAUUCUUACUUUUUGUGGAGAUAAUAAAGAUUUUUCAAUUUUAACAUAUCAUGCUGAACCACCUUAUGAAGAUAUUGCAUUCAAGAUUAUUAGUAAAGAAUGCGAUUAUCGAGAUAAACAUGGAUUUCGAUGUCAUUUUCAAAACGGAAUGUUUAAAUUUACGGUUUUAUUUUCGCAAAUGGAAAUAUUGUCGACAAACUUUAUUCUUUUUCCCUUGCUAUUGUUUUCAUUCAUGCAAUUUUUCUAA